AUGGCGCUAGAAGGAGGGCCAGUCCAAAUGUCAGGCGAUCAGCAAAUCUACCCCGGCAGAUCCUCAAAUGCGGAGCUCCCCGCCUUGGGGGAACGGCGUGACGAAACCCACGACGAACGCCCCGCAGCGGUGUCGAAACGCUACUGGCGAUUGUUCAACGACCCGGGCUUGUCGCCCCCUAGCGGCGCACCCGCCGACUCCUCGCAAGUGUCGCCCGAGGCCUUUCAUGACCUCGCCCACCAGGUCCGAGCUCUGACAAGCAUGGUGGAAGCAGAGGACACGGUGAGCCGCCCCGAGGCCGAGGCUCCGACUGCCGACUCGGCGAACGCCCUAUGGGCCCAGCUGCGCCUCGUCAGUCAAAGGCUUGACGAGGUACAACAGGAGGUUCGUAAGUCAAAAGGAGAACUCGGGGCAGACGGACACCAAGGAUCUCCGUUGACCCCCGAGAUACAGGAUCAAGCGAUCCCGCCGCAUUUCCGCCUCCCCUCUUUGGACGCGUAUGACGGCGCGACCGACCCCGCGGACCACGUGGCCGCUUUUCGGUCCCAGAUGGCGCUAUUCGGGACUUCAGACGCCCUGAUGUGCAGGGCAUUCCCGACGACCUUGCGAGGACCAGCCCGCGCGUGGUACAGUGGCCUGAAGCCAAGGACCAUCGCCUCCUUCGAUCAGCUCGCCAAGGAUUUUGAACUUAACUUCCUGGCGUACGCCCGACCGAAGCCGUCCAUGGCAUUGCUUCUGGGGGAUUGUCAUAGCCAACCAGAAGGAGGACGAGCCCCUUUCUCACUUUGUGAACCGGUUUACGACGCAAAUCCGUUCUUCUGGUCGCUCGUGGAGAGGCCCCCCGUCGCGGUCCCCGAGAUGCUCCAACGGGCCGGUCAGUUCAUCGCCGCGGAAACCUGGAUGGUCGGAAGGCGGGAGGAGCACAGAAAGGUCAAGUCAGAGCCGCCCCGACAGCAACAACCCAUCGCCUCCCGGCGAAAGUUGGACAGGCCCGACCCAAGGCCUCCUCUUCCCGCCUUGAACUCUUCCCAGACUGAGAUAUUCCUACACGAAAGGGGGAAGGGGCUGCUCAGGGACCCUCACCCGAUGAAGAACCCGCGAGAGCUCGCAAACCGCUCAAAAUAUUGCCGGUUCCAUCGACAACACGGGCACGACACUGAGCAGUGUUACGAGUUAAAAAGACAAAUCGAGGAGCUCAUCCUCAGAGGUCACCUUGGCCAGUACCUCCGGCCGAGCAAGGAGGAGUCUCCUCGUCCGGAGGGCCCCGUCGAGCGACACAUCGAUGUCAUAGCUGGGGGCCCCGCUUCUGGAAGAAGUUCUAUGUCGGGCAGGAAGGCCUAUGCCCGGGCCGCCCCCGACGAAGCCUCGGGACGCGGGCCCGAGCCCGAGAUCACCUUCCCAACCGGAGCUACUGAGCGACCCCACCACGACGAUGCCCUGGUAAUAUCGACUAGGGUAGCCAACGCGCAAGUAAGGAGAAUCAUGGUUGACACGGGGAGCUCGGCCGAAAUACUCUACUUUGGCACCUUCCAGAAGCUGGGCCUAGCCAGGGAAAGUCUAAGCCCGAUGUGCUCGGCGCUCACCGGCUUCACGGGAGAUUCAAUAUCGCCCCUGGGAGCCAUCACCCUGCCUCUGACCCUGGGGACCCCGUCGAAAUCAAAGACCGUCAUGACCACCUUUUUGGUCAGAGCCGUCGUCUCGACCUACUACCGGACCGUCAAAUUCCCGACUCGGGAGGGGGUUGGGGAAGUCACCGGAAGCCCCCAGGAGUCCAGGCGCUGCUACCUCACCUUUGUCUCAUUAAGCAAAAGGGCCAGGGGAGGGGCACCUCUGGAAGAUCCCCGGGAAUCAAAGAAGCCGGCCCCCCACCCUGAGCUGAGGGGAUCCACUGUUGACGUCCCCUUGCGGGAAGCACGGCCGGAUCAGACGGUCAAGGUCGGAUCAGAGCUGCCCGAGCGGGAACGGGAACAGCUCGUCGGCCUUCUGCGGGAAAAUGCCGACAUUUUCGCCUGGGCCCCGUCGGACAUGGAUGGAGUCGACCCGAAGGUCGCGGAGCAUCAUCUCAAUAUCCCACCUGACGCUCGUCCGGUGAAGCAAAAGCCCCGGCGCCACGCACCUGACCGACAACGUGCCAUACAAGAGGAGGUGGACCGACUCUUGGCGGCCGGCUUCAUAGAAGAAGCCAAAUACCCUCAGUGGUUAUCCAAUGUAGUUCUCAUGAAAAAACACAAUGGAAGUUGGAGGAUGUGCGUCGACUACACUAGUCUCAACAGUGCGUGUCCUAAAGACUGCUAUCCCCUCCCGAAGAUCGACCAGCUGGUCGACGCGACGGCAGGGCACGCACGCCUCUCUUUCAUGGAUGCCUAUUCAGGAUACAAUCAGAUCAGGAUGGCGCCCGCAGACAGGGAACACACGGCUUUCCUCACCGAUCAAGGGAUAUACUUCUACAAGGUCAUGUCGUUCGGGUUGAAAAACGCCGGAGCCACGUACCAGAGGACGGUAAACAAGAUGUUUGCCCCUCAAAUCGGGAGGAACAUGGAAGUCUACGUGGAUGACAUGAUUGUGAAAAGCAGAGAGGCCGGGACACACCUUGCCGACCUAGCCGAGGCCUUCGCCACGCUACGCAAGUUCGGCAUGCGACUCAACCCCACAAAAUGCGCUUUCGGCAUCACCUCCGGGAAGUUCCUGGGAUUCAUUGUACACCAGAGAGGAAUCGAUGCCAACCUGGAGAAAGUACGGGCAAUAAUCGAUAUGCAGUCCCCUCGGACGGUUAAAGACCUGCAGCGACUCAACGGUAGACUUGUCGCCCUAUCUCGCUUCCUCGCCCGAUCGGGCGACCGCUGCCUCCCUUUCUUCAAGGCGCUCAAAGACUCGAAGAACUUUCAAUGGACAUCGGAAUGCGAGGAGGCUUUGAAACAGAUGCAGCAGCACCUGGCCAGCCUACCUCGACUCGCCUCUGUCUUCCCCAACGAGAAGCUGGGGCUCUAUCUGGCAGCCUCUCUGCACGCAGUUAGCUCCGUCCUCGUGAAGGAAAGCUCCGGCACACAACUCCCGAUCUACUACGUCAGCCAUGUCCUGAGUGGACCUGAGGAGCGUUACCCGCCGAUAGAAAAACUCGCACUCGCCCUGGUGCUCUCGGCUCGGAAAUUGCGCCCCUACUUCUAG